AUGAUCCAAGCUUACUCCAAGACACUCAAUUCUCAAGAAUCACUUCAUCUCUUCCGUCGGAUGCUCUCGCUCGAUGGACCCAUUGUGCCAGUCCCCGACAGCUACACUUUCACUUUUGUGAUUACGUCGUGUUCCCAUCAACCGUCGGCUGUGGAGGGACAAAACACUCAUGGGCGGGUGAUAAAGAGUGGCUUUGAAUCCGAUCUGUUUGUGGGGAAUUCAUUGGUUAAUAUGUACUCAGCCUUUAUGAAAAUGGAGGAUGCCCAGAAAGUCUUCAAUGAAAUGCCCCAGCGAGACGUCUUCACAUGGACUAGUCUCGUGAGUGGGUAUGCAAAGAGUGGAGAGAUGGGCGCAGCCAGUGAAUUGUUUGCGAGGAUGCCUGAACGGAAUGAUGUUUCUUGGGCUGCUAUGAUUGCGGGGUUUGUUGGAGGCGCGAAAUAUAAUGAAGCACUUAAAUAUUUCCAUGACAUGUUGUUUGAUGCUAAGAUGAAGCCUAAUGAGGCGGUUCUCGUCUCUGUUUUGUCAGCUUGUGCUCAUCUUGGGGCUUUAGAUCAAGGGAAGUGGAUUCAUGUUUAUAUCGACAAGACUGGAGUGCCACAGAGUUCAAACAUUUCUACUGCUCUCAUUGAUAUGUAUGCCAAGUGUGGAAGGAUAGAUUGUGCCAACCAAGUUUUUAGUGGAAUUUCUAAAAGAGACGUGCUUACAUGGACAAGCAUGAUUUCAGGUUUAUCGAUUCAUGGGCUUGGUAAGGUUGCUCUUAGGAUGUUCUCUCAAAUGUUGGGGGAAGGCAUCAGACCUAAUAACAUUACUCUACUGGGAGUUUUAAAUGGAUGCAGCCAUUCAGGUCUAAUAGAUGAGGGCUGUAAAAUCUUUUACAGCAUGGAAAGCCUGUGGGGAAUUGCUCCAACGAUUGAGCACUAUGGAUGUCUGGUUGACCUUCUCGGUCGGGCGGGACAAUUGGAGCGUGCAUUUAAAAUUGCCAGAGAUAUGCCUAUGAAUCCUGACAUUGUUAUUUGGAGGGCCCUACUUAGUGCUUGCAGAAUCCACGGUAAUGCUAGUCUUGGGGAACAAAUUAUAGAUUACAUAUCCAAAAUGGAUCCUAUUGGUCAUGGUGGUGGUCAUGUCCUUCUGUCAAAUUUGUAUUCAUCUCUAGGUCAAUGGGAAAGAGUUGAUAGAAUGAGGAAGCUAAUGAGUGAAAUCAGGAGUGAUUAUAACCCGGGUUGUAGCUGGAUUGAAAAUGUGGAUAGAGAUACAUCAGAAGUUGGAGGAAGUUUUGAGAAGGGCAAGUGCAGAAGGUGGAUAUAUUCCCAGCACUAA